AUGUCGAUGCUCAAAAUAUUUCUCCUGUUCGGCCUUGUGGGCGUAAUCUUUGCCAGGCAUAUUGGCCACCACGAAGGUCAUGAACACAACGACGAUCAUCACCAUGAAGAAGACGAAGAUGAUCUGGACGAAACAUACCUGAUCCCGGCAAGAACUAAUUAUGGAGGUCGUCGUACUGUUAUAUGGACUGGACCGAGUAGCUACAGUGGUUACAGAAGCUAUCAAAAAACACCGACACAGACACAACAAAGGUCCACUUACCCUCGACAGACUAACUACUACCCACGCCAAAGCCCAUACGUUUCACGCGAAACAUACUAUCCACAAAGUAGAUCGCAAGCAAGACCCAUAAAAGCUCCACUGUACAAUAAACAAAGAGCUGGUGAUGAGAAAUAUAAACAGGGACUUCGUGAAUUAGCUGACCUGAUGGUUUAA